CAGACCCACACGCCCAACAUCAGCAUUGUUGGUGCAGUUCUCCUCCCGGCCAGUGGGGGCGCUCCAAAACAAACAUUUUCCGUAUCAGUCAGUCAGCCAUCUGCCGCAGUCAGUUAGAUCCAAGAGGAAUGGAAAAUGGAGGACUGAYCAAAACGAGGGCACGUCGUCAGUAUUUUAGUAUAUAGGUUCCUCAACCUUGUACUGAUGAUUCAUUAUUUGAUGCCAGAUUAUCUGAGAUCACAUUUUCACACCCGUUGCUGCUAAAUUGCAGGUUUUGGAGAGGAGGAGAAGGGACAAAAGGAACUGUUUAAGAGAAAAGGCAGGAAUGUGGCUAAAUUGUUGCUGAAUCAUUCAGAGAAGUCUACUAAGGCCAAGAGAGACAAAAAAGACUUGGUGUUCCCGUCAGUCUACCAUUKCAGAGAGAGAGAUGCCAGUGGAGGCAGCAACUGACAGUCCUGAAAACCGCUGUCCAGUGCGGCGAAGUGGCAGACAGCCCAAACGAACUGACAAACUAGAGGAAUUCCUCUUGACUGCAAAACGAGGGUCAAGAAAGAGUGCUCCCCCCAGCCUGGAAAGUGGAGAUCCUCCUUCCCAAACCCCAACCGAUGCAGAGACUGCCUCUGAAGCCAGUUUCGAUGGCAGCGCUGACUCCAAGAUUGUAGACGACAAAGUGGAGUCUCCAGAACGCAGGACAAGAAGUAGCACGAGGAGGCAAGCUCAAAUGAAAACCCAAGAAAGACGACAGACAAGGAGUUCCUGCAGAGCAAUGGURAAAGAUGAGGAGAGCUCUGAGAAUGAAGAGGACAGUAAAGACACUGACCAAAAAGAUUCAUUAGAGGACGGCAGUMAGAAGAACACAGAUAAAAAUGAUGAUCUCAAACUGGAAAAAGCAGAUGGCAUUAAUGCAACACAAGCUCAGUCUGAGCAGGACCCAGGUAAGAAAGUAGUUCCUGAGAAGAGUCAGUCUGGAGCUAAAAAUGACAAAGAAAAAAUGGAGGAGGAGACCGACGAAGACAGCGUUGACCCGUCUCUACCAGUGCCAGGAAAUCGUAGGCCAGUACGAACUUACAUCAAUAAAAUGAGGGCGGCUAAAAAGAACACUACACCUGCAGCACCUUCUCCUGCUAACAAGAACACAACAGUUGCCAAGAAGGAAACAAAGCCCAAUGUCACUAAAGCUGCUGGCAAGACGAACAAGCCUGAAACAGAAGAAGAGGACGAUGACGACUCUUAUACAUCCUCAUCCUCCUCUUCAUCAAACGAGUCUGACGGUGGAGGCUACGACCCCAAUGCUCUGUACUGCAUCUGUCGUCAGAAACACAACAAACGGUUUAUGAUCUGCUGCGACCGUUGUGAGGAGUGGUUUCACGGGGACUGUGUGGGCAUCACUGAAGCUCGCGGGCGCUUGAUGGAAAGAAACGGGGAAGAUUAUGUUUGUCCCAACUGUACGGCCAAGAAAAGCCAGGUGGUCCGGCCUGCUACAUCUAUUCUUUCUGCAAGUGCAGAUGUUUCAAAGCCCAAAGCUGCUGCCGCUCCAGUUAAAACUUCUUCUGUGAGCCCGUCUACAACUGCUGAGAGAGUUGCCACUAGUGAAGCAAAUUCAUCUGCUGUUCAGGCUGCAGCACUACCUCUGUCCUCUACAGUGAGUGGGACGGAAGAGAAGGGGGUAGAGGAUGCCGGCAUCAAAGGCAGGAUAGAAAAAGCUACAAAUCCAACUGGGAAGAAGAAGAUUAAGAUCUUUCAGCCGCAGACUGUUCAGCAGCCAGUUCAACCCAAAGCAGACCAGAAGACUGYGCCCGCUGUGGAGACAAAGGCACCGUCAUCGGAGCAGAAAGCCCCAGCAGAAACUGUGCAAAAGGUUGCUACGACUGUGGAGGUGAAAACAACGCCAACCAUGGAAGUGUCAGAGGAUAAGUCCAAGCAGAAGGCUGAAGACGACUCUUCCCUUCCCAAUUGCAUCGGGCCCGGCUGCGAAAAUAACGCCCAGCCUGACUCUGUGUACUGCGGAAAUGACUGCAUCCUGAGACAUGCUGCUGCUGCCAUGAAGUCCAUCACUGACGUCAAAGAGCCCAAACUGAAGGAAAAGGCCAAGCCUCAGACAGACAAGUCUGCUUCAAAGAAGAGUGUUGCUGGUGGGAAGAAGGCACAAAAGACGGAGGACGCCUCAGACAGCGAGGAAGACCUCGGCCAUGAAACGGAUGAGGACGACGAAGAUGAGCAUGCUGAGGAACACCCGCCCCCUCCGUCUACAGCUUCCUGGUCCAGCGAUCAUAAUUACAUUGCAGUAAUGCCAGAAAAGACUACAGCCGUGUCACCAACAGUGUUAAACAAAAAGUCUCCUCCCAAAGAAGAGAAGCAGAAUGAGAAGGAGCAAAUUCCAUCUUCGGAGAGGUCCACAGCAUCUGAAACACCAAGCAAACGACACAAGAAGUCCCUUCCAACUAAAGCUGAGAAGGUGUCUUCUAGGACCAAGAAGUCUUCUCCAGCUGCUAGCUCAAAGACGACAAAGAAACCUGCCACAAACCCAACUAAAACUGCAGCAAAGUCCAAGAAACCAGGCUCUACACCUGCCCCAGCCCCAUCCCCCUUCCCUCCUGGUCCAGUUCACAUCACGGGGGCACUCAGGGUCACCAAGUGCAACUUCACCAUUCCCAAGAAGCAGCCUCAACAAAAGGAAGCAGAGACCAAGUCAAACUCCUCAAGAGUCCCAUCAUCUCCAGUGUCUUCAGCUCCAUCCAGUCAUUCCUCAUCUUCCAGACCAGCGCAUCCACCAACAUCAGCACCACCUGCUUCUCCAAUGAGGCCCCCACCCAACCACCAAAUGAGAAAGAACAUCUGCCGCUCACUGACAGACAUCCUGUUCAAGAGGGUGAGCGACAGUGACGAUCUGAAAAUGACAGAGAAUGAAGUGGGACAACUUGCAUUUGCUAUUGAGAAGGAGAUGUUUAACCUCUGCCUGAGCACCGACAGCAAGUACAAGAACAAAUACAGAACCCUCAUGUUCAACCUGAAAGAUCCUAAAAACAAAGGCUUGUUCUACAGGGUGAUCGGUGGAGAGGUAACUCCCUUCAGACUGGUGCGACUGAGCGCUGAAGAGCUGCUGUCUAGAGAGAUAUCUGAGUGGAGAAAGUCUGAUACUACUGGGGGUCAUUCUGCCAGUGCAAGGUCCCAUUCCGGGCAGUCCAAGCUUAGAAACAGGCAUGGCUCUCACAGCCUUGAUAUGGAGGAUGCUCCACCAUCGUCUGAUCCAGAUGUAUGUAUUUUUACUGCCACUUCGUCUUCUCGCUUGGGUUCAGCUUCAGACCAAGAUGAGUCUGGUUCCACCCCCUCGGCUUCUGUUCAGUCAUCUGCAGUUGAAGGAAGCAGUGGCAGCGGURUGGUGGAUGUUUUCAGCAGCAUGCUCAAAGACACCACCUCUCAGCACAAGACCCAUUUGUUUGACCUGAACUGUAAAAUAUGUACAGGACAAAAACCAGAAGAUGAGCCUGCAGCUAAAAAAGCCAGACUAACCAAGAAGCCUGACACAAAGCCACCCAGGCUGGAGUCUGCUUCAUCCAGGCCAGGGGAUGUGUCUCCUGUCAGUCAAACACAGGCCACCACGGCCUACCCUCACCAAGAUGCUGUGAUGUACCAGCACUUGUUCCCUCCGUCCUGUCAGGCCAACAUGGAGCCCUCUGUUCCUGAAUCUCAACCCCAGCCUUAUCAAGAGGACCCCAGCAUCAUGGCCCCUCCAGCUCAGACCCCUGUGCUUAUCGCCCCGGCUGUUUCCUCUGUAAGCAUCACUCGGAGAGACCCUCGCAUGGCCAGGCACACCCCUGGGGUGAAUAUUGUCCAGACAGCCCCAGAGAAACCAAACAUCAGCCCAGCGGAGCCAGUGUUGCCAGCUUCUCUUCCUGCUCCAGUGGAUGUUGGCGCUAAGGUGCCACUGCCAAUGCCCCCCGCUGCACCAUCACCAGUGGCUGUGGCAAAAUCUGCAACAAAAAGUACACCUGAGCCUCUUCUUGAAGGGGAAACUGCAAUCUUCCUCCAUGGUCAGGAGACAAUAUGGAAAGGAUUUGUCAACAUGCAUACAGUAGCCAAAUUUGCAACCAAGGCUUACUUGGUUUCAGGAUCCUUUGAACACCUUAAAGAGGAUUUGCCUGACACCAUUCAUGUGGGAGGUCGGAUAUCUCCAAGCACUGUAUGGGACUAUGUUGGGAAGCUAAAAACGUCCCUUUCCAAGGAGCUUUGUCUGAUCCGUUUCCACCCAGCCACAGAGGAAGAAGAGGUGGCGUAUGUCUCUCUCUUUUCUUACUUCAGCAGCAGAAAGAGAUUUGGCGUGGUGGCCAACAACAACCGGCGCAUCAAAGACCUUUAUCUCAUCCCCCUUAGCUCAAAGGAUCCCUUACCUUCAAAACUGUUACCAUUUGAUGGACCAGGACUCGAACCAGCUCGUCCCAACCUCCUCCUAGGGUUGCUGAUUUGUCAGAAGGACAGAAAACGUGCCGGUGUGCUGCUUGAAACGGAGGAGAAACGAGCAAAGAUACAAAUCAAAGAAGUGGAUGAAACUGGUCUUCCAAAGCCACCCUCCACCGUGAAAGUUGACAAGAGCACACGGCAGAGUCUUGAAAUCCCCUUCAGCACAACUCCCCCUGGAUCACCUCCAUCUAGCUCCUCUGAGGCUCCCAGCAGCACUGCAACUGCCUCAUCAGUUCUUUCCUUGCUAUCAUCUGUUAAAGCUGCAGCUUCAUUUUCUACUUCUGGCAAGGAUUCUCCAUCCAUGUCCAGCUCUCUUGCUGCCUCUGUAGCAGGCGCCAAUCCUCUUCAGACCAUUCUCAAACUCUUCAAGAACACAAAACACGAUUCAGAGGCCUCAAACUCUCCAUCUGAUCAAUCUGGGGAGCUCCCCACCCCUGCUACAUUGUUAGAUCCCAUUGUGCGGCAGUUUACACAAAAUUCUAAGGAGAGCACAGUGGAGGAGGAUGAUGACCGACCAUAUGACCCAGAAGAGGAGUAUGACCCCAGUAGAGGCUAUAAUGUAGCCAAGAAGCCUGCUGAGGCUUUGGUCCAACCAGAGGUCUCUAAACAACCUGAGGUGGUAGACAAUGAAACUGAUGAUGUGGCAUAUGACCCAGAAGAUGACUCUAUUUUUGAUGAGGUUAAAACCGUGGCACCAGUUGAACCCAAACCUGCAACUGAAUGUGUACCUAAUCCACAAAAGAUCCUGGAAAACCUUAAAAGAAUUGGAGAACAGGCGUUACAGAAACAGCUGGGACAGCAAAUGUCAUCCGCAGCCUCUUCAACGCCCCAAAAAACACUUGUAACUCAGCCUGUCGCGUCGCUUUUGGCCAACAGUCAGCUGCUUCAGCUUGGCAAGAAGGUUGAAGAACUGGUCAAGUCAUCAGCAGCAGCAGCCCCUCUGAUCAACCAGAGGAGAGAUCCGAGACAGAGCAGGGAUCUUCAACAGUCUACCAGUGAACGGCAACCACUUGAUGAGCCUGAGGACAAAGAAGAGUCAUCUACUCCUGUGGCUGAUCCUGUUCCCCCUGCACAGCCUGUGGCAAAAGAGUCAGAGCAGCCUAUUACAGAAGAACUUGUUGAUUCUUCACAAGACAAAAAGACUUUGCCACGCAAGGAAGAGGAGAUGGAGACUCUGCCUUUCAUGCCAUCAGAUGAGGAGGAGGUGUCGAUUCCUUUGUUAGGAGAGGAAGUAGACCCUGAUAUGGAAGCCAACUACAUGGAUAACAAAAAUCCUACAGCUGAGGAAGAGCAAGAAGAUGAGGAAGCAGAGGUGGACAAGUACAGUCUUUGGCCAAAUGCAGCUAGCAUUUUAAAACCUGCUGAAGACUCAGAGUAYGAUGAAAAUAGCCAGGAUUCUACAAGUUAUCACAGAGACUCCAGAGACUYUUUCACAGAGGCUUCUACAAUCCCAGUUCUCACUCAGAGCACAACAGCUGAUGCUCACUCACGUCACAUGUCACAUCGCAUGGCAUCUCCGAGCUUUGAUGAGUACAGACCUCCCACUGAUCUUCCACCRCCAUCCAGGUUCAAUGCACCCCAUCCCAUGCAGGGACAGAACUUGAUUAUGAGGCCUCCACCUGCAACCAUGCUGCCACCCAUUCGAGGUCCCCCUCCAAUGUCAGCUCCCCCUUCUAUGCAGGGUCCCAUUCCAAUCCACGUUCUGCCCCCGGUGCGUAGUGCUCCACCCUUGCAAGGUGACAGCAGUCAGCAUUACGGCCCACCUACGUCCUCGUAUCCUCCCUACCAGAACCAGUGGGCAAGCACCCAGCUACCAACACAGCAGCCCCUUCCUGGACCACCACCACCACAGAACAUUAUGCCACCCAGAGGGCCACCCGUAUCAUUCCCUCCAGUUGCUCAAAGAGGGCCCCCUCCACAAAUGUUUGAUCCCUCUAUUGUCCCUCAGCACAUUAGACAGCAAGCACCCMAUCCAGGCCUACCCCCGCCUCUUACAUUUGAACAUAACUUACCUCCACCAAGACUAACUGGUCCACCUCCUUUUAAUUUUCCUGCAAACAGAGCUCCACCUCCUCCUUUCACUGCCCUCCCACCUGCACACUUUGACAACAGACCCCCACCUUCAAACAUCUUCCCAGGGCCCCGAGGUCCUCCACCAUCCCAGUAUGGUGAGCAGCAUUAUAACAAAGACAUCCCCAGUAGCUCCUUUAAUCCAAAUCUGGAGCAAAAUCCAAAUGUGCACCGUAUUUUAAAAGACAAUCAGGGACUUGUGCCAGGUCCUCCUUACCAAGCACCUCCACCUAACCAGUAUGAAGACAGAAGAGGCCCCCCUUCUGUUGGGGAGAUAAGUGGACAGCAUUUUAGGCCUCUUGGCCAAUAUGGGAGCUCCGGGCCACCAUCUUCACCUGCACACAGAGGGUCGUUCGAUGAGCUUCGAGGUCCUCCGGUUCAGGAAAACAGAUCUCACCUUUCUCAGCGUUCUGAGCGUUUUCGCUUUGAUUGGCAAUCGGACGAGCCCAGACUCAUUCGCCACAACGUGCCACUGCACCCAAUCCAUGCAGAUGAACCCCAUGGUCAUCCAAGUCGCCAUGAAGCCCACAGCCCAGACCUACACAGAGAAGACCACUGGCGCCACCUUUCCCCUGACAUAAGGAGGAGGAGCAGCACCACUCGUGAGGACACAGAGCCUCGCGGCGGAGAACGGUUGAGUCGCUUUGAUGGAGGACACAGAGAACUCGCUCCUGGCUCCUCACAGUCCUCUGAGGAGCGACAGAGAGAACCUUCUGAGGAUCGACGGAGGGAAAGAGAGAAGGAAGGACCUCAUGGGGGCAGGUCAUCAUGGGACAGGGGACAAGGAAUGCGCUGGAGCCGAGAGCAUGAGUGGGAGAGAGCCAGAGAAAGAGGCCUGGACAGAGAACCAGAACAUGACCGGGAAAGUGACCGCAGCAGAGUGAGGGAUGCUGAAAAGCACAGGGACACUGAGGGAGAGCGACACAAAGACCAAGACUCUGAAAAAAGGAGAGAUAGAGACCGUGCAAGAGAGGGUGACAGAGACCGAGAGAGGGAGCGGGAGGGAGACAGAGACCGGGACAGAGACCGAGAGGGUGGCAGAGACCGAGAGAAGGAGCGGGAGGGAGACAGAGACCGGGACAGAGAGCGAGAGGGAGGCAGAGACCGAGAGCGACAAAGUAACAGAGAGCGAGACAGAGAGAGAGAGCCUGACAGAGACCGUGACAGGGAGAGAGAGGGAGACAAAGACAGAGAGCGACAGAGUAACAGAGAGCGAGACCGGGAAAGAGAGCCUGACAGAGACCGAGAGAAGGAGCGGGAAGGAGACAGAGAGCGAGAGGGAGGGAGAGACCGGGACCGACAGAGUGACCGAGAUAGGGAAAGAGAGGGUGACAAAGAUCGAGACCGAGAGAGGCAGAGAGACCGAGACAGGGAGAGAGAGAGCGAUCGAGACCGGGAGAGGCACCGAGACAGGGAGAGAGAGGGCGACCGAGAUCGAGGUAGGGACUCUGACCGCAGGGACUACGACCGUGACAGGACACGAAACCGUGACAGAGAACAUGAGCGGGACAGAAAACGAGAUGGAUCCAGAAGCAGRGAUCGGGAUCGUGGUAAAGAUCGAGGAAGGGACCGGGACCGAGACCAAGAUAGGGACAGGGAAAGGGAGAAAGAGAGAGAUCGUGACAGAGACAGAGAUCGUCGGGAAAGGAGCAGAAGCAGAGAAAAGAAAGAGGAGAAAAGACACAAACAUGAUUCGUCCAAGGGGAAAGCCAGGAGUACAGACACUGACAAGAGCUCCUCCUAGUUUCUGGUUUCUGGAUCUCUGUUUUUAAUGUUCUUAAACCUCUACCUGAUCACAAAUUGGGUAUAUGUGUAUGAACAGUAUUUUGUUAAAUUUAGCUAACUUUCUUUCCUACUAGGAUAAAAAAAAGAAAUCAAUUGUCUAGAUUUUCCUCACUUUAGCAUUUUUGUUUAUUUCAUCACAAUUGAAAAAAGUCCACUUAAAUUCCUUCUGUACCAUAGAUGAGUAGGCUACUAAGUCCUGAUACAUGUAUUCUCUUGUUGAAACAUUUUUUGUUUUUUAAAAUGUAACUGAAUACUGCUCCAUUUACAACAUGUAAAUAUGAACAUAUUUGUAUAGAUACUGAUGUUUUUAUUACUUUUCUAUGUGGAAAAAAAUAUAAGCCAUAUAUCUGAGGUGGACAAUGUGAAGGUUACAGCAACACUGUUGCAACACAURACUGAGUCUGUGCUGAGCAGCUUUGAACUAAGACUUCUAUCUACAGUGUACCAACCAGACAUACUUUAUGAGAAUGAAUGUCCAGUUUUUGUUUCAGCUAAAACAAUUAAACAUGUUUAUUGAAGUGUG